AUGGCCACCACUAAAGCAUACCCGCCAGGCGGUACCUACUUCGACAACGGCAAGAGAUCUUUCACUCAAGUCUCUGUUGACGAGUCAAAGGGCGAUGCCGUCAACACCGUCGAGUUCCUCGAGGCAUCUGAAGCCCUGGUCGGUUUGUUCGAUGUGCUUGGCAGUGUCGCAUUCACACCGGUAAAGAACGACAUCACUGGCAACAUCAAGAAGGUCCGCGACCGACAGCUUGCUAGCCCAUUGGAGUCCGAGACUCUCCAGGACCUCGUGCGCAACGAGCUCAAGACAAAGAAGCACACCGCCACCGAGGGUUUGGUCUGGUUAUUGAGAGGAUUGGAUUUCACUUCGCAAGGUCUGCGCAAGAACCUUAGCAACCCAUCCGCGGAGUUGUCAACGUCCUUCCGGGAAGCAUACACCGCCACUCUCUCCAAAUUCCAUUCCUUUCUAAUCAAACCCAUCUUCUCUGCUGCCAUGAGCGCGACACCUGCCAGGGCCGACUUCUACGCCAAGCUAGGCGACGACCAAGAGCGUGUGAAGAAGGAACUUGAUGAGUGGUUGAAGGCGUUGGAAAUCCGUGUCGCAAUCUUGACCAAGUUCUUGAACAGCCCGGAGGCGAAGUGGUAG